UACCGAGCGCCGGGCCGACGGCGGGCGGGAGGCGGCGCCAUGCUGAGCCGGCUUCAGGAGCUGCGCAAGGAGGAGGAGACGCUGCUGCGGCUGAAGGCGGCCCUGCACGACCAGCUGAACCGGCUCAAGGUUGAAGAACUAGCCCUCCAGUCAAUGAUUAGUUCAAGGAGAGGAGAUGAGACGCUGUCUUCUCAACCUGCACCUGAACAGUCACAUGAUCAGAUGCUGGUGCAUGUAGACAAUGAAGCAUCAAUCAACCAAACUGCACUGGAGUUGAGCACAAGGAGCCAUGUGCUCGAAGAGGAGGAGGAGGAGGAAGAGGAAGAAGAAUCAGAUUCCUGAAGCAGGGUGAAAUGCACGUCUGAACAGAGACAGGCAUGGGAAGGAGGCCUGAAAGCAACAUGGCACACCACUGGGCAGGGGACUCGCUCUUUGCUGCUUCCCAAAUACUUAGACGCCAGCUGCGUGGGUCGGCGUGCUGGGCUGGUUAAGGCCAAUGGUGGAGCAGAGCCAACCUGCAAAAUCCACUUCUUCACCGUCAGAUCUCUUGAUGAAGGCAUGAACCUGUGUGAGGGAAACAGUUAAGUGUCAAAAAACCAAAAGGAAAGUUCAAGAGUCCUGGGUCUAGAGCUUCGCUCAGGAGGAGCUCCUGGAGCCUGUCCUGGGGUAGCUGUAGGGGGCCAUGAAAAUGACCAGCUCCUGCCAAAAGAACGUACGCUCUUCCACUGUGACCUGCGGGUGGCAGCUCUACCCUCGGGGCCUCUGGGUGGCGGCUAGGAGAAACGAAGGAACAGAUGGGCUUCCUUCCCUCAGCCUGUCCUUUACACUGAGGGGCGGAGGCUGAUGUCUGGGAUCCUGCAGCCCCAGGGUUGGUCAAGGUGGUGCAGGGAAUGGGCACGGGAGUCCUGGGCAAAUGACACAACAAAGUAAUAAAUGGGCCAAGUAAAAAUGGGAAAUAAGUGGACUUA